UAGCGAUGCAAGGGUCGGAGAUGGAGGGGGAGGCGGCGGCGAAUGGGGCGGUGAGGAAGCGGACGGCGGCGCCACCACCGAUGAUGAAGGCAAGGAAGUACAGGUCGAUGGUGGAUAUAAUGAGGAAGACGACGUCUGUCGCGGGUGUAACCGGGGAGUACUAUAGCGAUCUCCGGUGCGAGCAGUGCCGGUCCGGUGAACGGGAGGAGGAGCUGCUUCUAUGUGAUCGGUGUGACCGUGGUUACCAUCUCGCGUGCCUGCGGCCCAUUGUUGUUAGGGUUCCAACGGGGCCUUGGUUCUGUCCUAUCUGCGCUGAAGACCGGCCUAUGACGAGAUUCCCACUGAUGCAGACGAAGAUUGUGGACUUUUUUCGGAUUCAGAGAUGCUCGUAUGAGAAGGAAGGGGAGAAAUGUGGGUCUUCUCAAGAUGGGAGGAGACGCAGACGACGAUCUUUGCCUCUUGUAAUGCAUAAGAAAAGGAGAAGGAUAUUACCAUUUGUUCCAAGUGAAGAUUCAAAGCGACGACUUGAACAAAUGGGUUCUCUAGCAACAGCAUUAACAGCAUUGCACAUGGAGUUCAGCAAUGACUUAACCUAUAUGCCUGGAAUGGCCCCUCGAUCUGCUAAUCGGGCCAAUUUAGAAAGGGGCGGCAUGCAGGUUCUCUGCAAAGAAGAUAAGGAGGCAAUUGAACUCUGCAGAAGCAUGUACAAGAGAGGAGAGUGUCCUCCCCUAAAAGUAGUCUAUGAUAAACUUGAAGGUUUUACUGUCGAGGCUGAUGGCCCAAUAAAGGAUAUGACCUUUAUCACUGAGUAUACUGGCGACGUGGAUUUCUUAAAAAACCGAGAACAUGAUGAUGGCGACAGCAUGAUGACUCUUCUAUUAACAACAAAUUUAUCUGACAGUCUAGUGAUCUGUCCUGAUAAACGUGGAAACAUUGCUCGUUUCAUCAAUGGCAUCAACAACCAUACAUCGGACGGUAAGAAGAAGCAAAAUCUAAAAUGUGUCAGAUAUAGCGAAGACGGUGAGUGUAGAGUUUUUUUGAUCGCUUGCCGUGAUAUAUGCAAAGGAGAGAGGCUAUAUUACGACUACAAUGGAUAUGAACAUGAGUAUCCAACUCAGCAUUUUGUCUGAGUUUUUGCUUUUAGGUGCAUUAAUUUGAUCUCAUACAUUAUCAUGAACCAAAAAGUUUUAGUAUUGAAAAAAUCAUUUUUGACAUAGCUAUUAGUUGAUCCUUUCAUUUGUAAUAGGCCUUCAGAUUUAUUGUCAGUUCAUCAUUUCAUGUAAUAUGCCUGAUUGAUGGCAAAAACUGUUGAGUCCAACCAACCAACAGCAAAAAUUUUACCAUUUGUUUUAGU